UGGACAUGGGCGCCGCGGAGCGGAGCAGGGAGCCCGGCAGCCCGCGACUGACGGAGGUGUCCCCCGAAUUGAAGGAUCGCAAAGAGGAUGCGAAAGGGAUGGAGGACGAAGGCCAGACCAAAAUCAAGCAAAGGCGAAGUCGAACCAAUUUUACCUUGGAACAACUCAACGAGCUGGAGAGGCUCUUCGAUGAGACCCACUAUCCAGACGCUUUCAUGCGCGAGGAACUGAGCCAGCGACUGGGACUAUCUGAGGCCCGAGUACAGGUUUGGUUUCAGAAUCGAAGAGCUAAGUGCAGAAAACAGGAAAAUCAACUUCAUAAAGGUGUCCUUAUAGGGGCUGCUAGCCAGUUUGAAGCUUGUAGAGUUGCACCCUAUGUCAACGUAGGUGCUUUAAGGAUGCCAUUCCAGCAGGAUAGUCAUUGCAACGUGACGCCCUUGUCCUUUCAGGUUCAGGCGCAGCUGCAGCUGGACAGCGCCGUGGCGCACGCGCACCACCACCUGCAUCCGCACCUGGCCGCGCACGCGCCUUACAUGAUGUUCCCGGCACGCCUAGGCCCGCCCCUUCCCCGCUGACUGCCUCCCGUUUCUUUCUGCACCCUGGAUUCCCAGGGCGGGACUCUGCGCUGGACCCGGGAUUCCAAUAGGGCCACCAGCCCAGGGGCUCCAGCGCAUCCGCCGUUGGGACUAAAAUUCGGCUUUGUAGGAGCGGGUUUGGAUGAGUCUGGAUAGAGACUGGACAAAGGAGUGUGGGAACAGUGAGAAGUGGAUAGUGACAAGACUGCGGCGGUGGACUUCUACGUAGAAAUGAAAUCUUGCGAACAACAAAUGAGCAAAAACAAAAAAACGAGAACAAACUAACGAGAAAAGGAGAAAGGGAGCUUGUUUCAUAUUACUAUUUGGCUGGAAUUAGAAAGAGAACGACGAAGCAAAAACAAGUCUAAAAAUUAUUUUGUACAUAAAAAUACGGAAAAAUAACCUGGAUGAAUCUUGAGAGAAAGGGGGGGAGGGGGUUAUCAACUAAAAUGUAUGUUUUUUUUUUUUUUUAAUGGGCCAAGAAAGCAAAACAGAAGGAAGAGGUAUACUUAUUUAAAAAAAAAUAAGAUGGAAAAAAUGCGCAGCUGGGAAGUUCACAGGUUUUGAAGCUGACCUUUUUCUGCGAAGUUCACUUUAAUACGAGACUUUGAUAAGAGAGGCGGGCCUCCUUUUACGUUGAAUCAGAUGCUUUGAGUUUAAAAACACCAUGUAUGGAAGAGCAAGAAGAGGGAAGACAGUGUGAAAACGAGGAGGAAAAAAAAGGGACGUUAAUACAAAAAAAAAAAAAAAAAAGGGAUGCCACAGACAAUGAUUCCUCUGAAAAAUUAUUACGGCAGAACUGUCCAGACUGCUGACAGUAAAUUCCGGUUUGCAUGUUACUUGUAUUCCAUUGAUGGUGUCCCCUCCCUCCCCACACCCAUGAGCACCCACUACACUUUCAUUCUCAAUAUGAAAAGCGUCUUGAUGUGAAUCCAUAGAUAAUUUGUUCGGCCUUUGAUCCCAAGGGGCAAAGGAAAAAAGUCGGAAGGGAGUAAAAUACACUCUUGAGUCUUCCAAGAAGAUAGAGGCGGUUAGAAAAAUAUGGGGAAAGGAAAAAGAGCAAACGAAGCCAUGAAAGUAUACAGCCCUGCAUCGUGAUAGACGCUUCAUCUGUUCCCUUCCUUUUCGUGAAUUGCCCUUGCUGUUUUCUUGAAGUCCUGUUUGAGGAUAAUGCUUUAUUUCCCCCUCUCUAUCCUGUCAAAUUCACCUUUAAACACCGGCUAGGUACAGACACUAGGUUUGUGUAUAAUAUGUUGAUAAACACAAGCAAAGUUUAUUUUGGCUAUAAUGUGUGAACUAAUGGUUGACUUUCAACAUUUGCAUUUUAUCUCACAAAGGUGUAUUCAUUCAAGCAAUCUUUUUAUUUGUUUCAAUUCAUGUAGCUAUUUAAACAGGGACAGCUUGGGCUAAGCAACCUGUAGUCCAAAUUCUCUAGCAAGCCUACUUAGGGCUUUCCCCGCCCUUUUUAAUUUACAUGAAAGAGGAAAAGCUCUUCUUACUGAACUUCGGUAUGCGUUUGAGCUUUGUAACUAUUUGUUCUCCAUGAAAACAAAAUUAUUUAUAUUUGCCAUAUUUUUUCUAGUGUAUUAAGUUAUUUUAAACAAAAGAUGCUGUUAUGACGUGUUGUCAGUACAAAAUGUUUCGGCUCCACUUCUGUUAAACCAUUUAAAUAAGUGCCAAGUUAUUAACCGAAGACACUUUGCGAUCAAUUGAAUGAAAAUAGUAUUGUUUCAUUUGAUGGGGUUCGCGUCAUCUUUGUUCUUGUUACGAUUAAAAUAUCCGGGAUACUCUUC